UUCAACAAAGAAAAGAAAAAUGCACAAGAGCGAAUCAAGUUCAUCACUUGGGCCGGGUGGGUUAGACCUGACCCAGGCCUUUUUCAAGCCCAUUCAGAACGCUGCCUCACCUUCUCCGACAAAGCGCAACACUAAAAUCUCCGUCGUCGGAGCCGGCAACGUCGGAAUGGCCAUCGCCCAAACCAUCCUCACCCAAGAUCUCACCGACGAGCUCGUCCUCGUCGACGCUCUCCCCGACAAGCUCCGCGGCGAGAUGCUCGACCUCCAGCACGCCGCCGCCUUCCUCCCCCGCACCAAGAUCCUCUCCUCCACCGACUACUCCGUCACCGCCGGCUCUGACCUCUGCAUUGUCACCGCCGGCGCCCGCCAGGUCAACGGCGAGUCCCGCCUCAACCUCCUCCAAAGAAACGUCGCCCUGUUCCAGAAAAUCAUACCCCCUCUCGUCCGUCACUCCCCUGACUCCAUCCUCCUCAUCGUUUCAAACCCCGUCGAUGUCCUCACCUACAUUGCUUGGAAACUCUCCGGUUUCCCCUCCAACCGCGUCAUCGGCUCCGGCACCAACCUCGACUCCUCCCGCUUCCGCUUCCUCAUCGCUGAUCAUCUCGACGUCAACGCUCAAGAUGUGCAGGCUUACAUAGUGGGAGAACAUGGUGACAGUUCGGUGGCGUUGUGGUCAAGCAUCAGCGUCGGCGGCGUUCCGGUGCUGAGUUUUCUGGAGCAGCAGCAGAUUGCUUACGAGAAGGACAUGCUGGAGAACAUUCACAAGGAGGUUAUAGGAAGCGCUUACGAAGUGAUAAGUCUGAAAGGGUACACUUCAUGGGCGAUAGGGUACUCGGUGGCGAGCUUGGCCCGGAGCAUUAUCAGGGACCAGAGGAAGAUCCACCCGGUGUCGGUUCUAGCGAAGGGGUUUUACGAGAUUGACGGCGGCGAAGUGUUUCUGAGCUUGCCGGCGCAGCUUGGAAGAGGAGGAGUGCUCGGUGUGACGAAUGUGCACUUGACGGAAGAAGAGACACAGAGGCUCAGGGAAUCUGCAAGGACCAUCCUGGAGGUGCAGAAUCAGUUGGGGAUUUGAUUCCGUUUUUCUUAGGACACUAUAAUAUUAUCAAGUCUUAAUUUUGAUCCCAAAUAAAAGACUUGAUUUAUUAUUAUUAUUAUUAUUACUAUUUUUUGCCUUAGGGUUUAUAAUUAAUUAGUUAUAGUGAGAUAUUUAUUCUCAAUGAUUAUUAGGUUCGGUAAUAGAGUGGCUGAUUUUGUUUCAGUGUUGGUUUUUAGUCAUCGGCACCAUCUAGGUGGAGGAUGUUCUACCAAGGUUCGGUUGCUUCUCUAUGGGUAGUGGUCGUAAGCUUUGUUAUUUGAUUUAUUUCUAUUUAAAAUA